AUGUUGUCUGUUGUCGUUAUUAUUAUUUUUAUAAUUCAACAAUCUUAUCCAACAUAUCAAUUAGAAACAAUUCAAGCAGUUCUAUCUAGUACUGUUGACUUGCACUGUUCAGUCGUCAAUCAAAAUCUCGAAUCAAUAAAUCCUGCAAAGAUCGUCUGGAUACGUGAUGAUCAAGCAGAUAUUGUUAGUCUUGAUUCUGUUAUAACAGUACGAGAUUCUCGUUUGAGUAUUCUAACAAUGGAUAAUAAUGAUCGUCAAGAAAGAACGUUACGUAUAAUAAAUAUUGAAGAACAAGAUCAUGGAUUAUAUCGAUGUAUUCAAGGUGAUAUUACAUUGAAUGAAAUUUUACUUGAUGUACUCAUCCCACCACGAAUUAUUUCACAUACUCCCGAACAUAUGCAUAUGACAGUUCGUGAAGGUCGUGAUGCUGAAUUCUCAUGUAUUGCAACUGGUCAUCCAACGCCUACUAUUAUUUGGCAUGUCAACGGUUUAUCUAGGCCAGGCAUAGUUGCAACAAUUGAGGGUAAAAAUGAAAGUGUUCUUAUCUUACGUAAUAUUUCACGUUAUGAUUCUGGUCGAGUCGAUUGUUCAGCAAGUAACACAUUAAGUACUGUCAAUCGACAAUUUCUUCUUUAUGUUAAAUAUAAACCAAUGGUUACAGUUCCGUUUCAUUUGUCUUAUUUCCGUUUGUAUGAUUCAGCAACGAUUACCUGUCAAGUUUGUUCAAUACCUUCAUCAACAGUUUUUGAUAUAUUUCGUCCAAAAAAAGCUGUUCCAAUUAAGAAAGGAGUUAAAGAUCAAUUCGAAGGAUUUAUUAAUGAAACAUGUAGACAAUUAACAAAGACUAUUUAUUUAAGUCAUCCAUCUUUAUUUGGUCCAUAUGUAUGUCGAGCAAGAAAUUCAUUAGGUGUUAAUCAUGCUGAAUUUAUAAUUAAAGAAUUAAAUCAAUCAACGAAGCAUAUGAAAUCUAUAACAGAACGUCGACCUUCUUCAACACUGUCUACGAUAAUUAAUUUGUCAACACCUUCGAUCUUUACGACGACUAAUGACACUCAAUUGAAGAUAGUUACAACUGAAUUGAUCGCUCAAAAGAAUCAAGCAUAUGGAUCAUCAAUAUCAGUUUUAUUAUUAAUAAUCCUUUGCUUGUUAUGA